GUUCCGUUCCUGUAAAAGAGGGAACGCGCGCCGCCACCAUCGUUCAUUCACAACCACCUGCUCGACGGGGUAGCAUCGUCUCGUCUCGUCUUGUCUCGUUUCGGUGUCAUCCGUCAUUCGCGAACGCAAAUAGGCAAAAACCGUGAACAGUUUUCUUUCUUCGGGAAUCGUCCUUACAACAGCAAAGCACGCCGUCGACAACCGUCGCGACAGGAUGAGAAGUAAACUUCCCGCGACUUCCGGUCCCGUUUUCUCGCUCUACCUUUCCUUCGUUCUGCUGAUGGUUCUGAUUUCCAUCAGCGAUAAGGCGUACGCUAAACGUGGCUGCGCGUCAUUUGGACAUUCCUGUUUCGGCGGUCAUGGUAAAAGAUUCGAUUCGACUAUGCGACACGACACGCAAGAAAGUCGUAACCAGAAGUUUCAAGAAUCCAAUGUACCGUCGCCAAACGAUGACAAUGAAUUAUUCUACGUUCUUCCAAAUGAUGAAUUUCGGGAACGUUCGGAUAAGUCGUUACCUUUCAUACGGACUCGCAAAGACACUCAACAAUUCGAUCUUUAUCCCUUGUCGUCUUUACUUAAUCAAUGGAUAGCAUCUCAUCGUCGCCCGCAUCGCACAGAAACAGAUAUCACUAAUAAAUAAAGGGAGUGUACAGGCGAGCUAUUUACGUGCGUCAAGAUUAAGCAGUUUCGUAUCGCGCGUAUAUAUUUAGAAGGAAUUGAUUGUUAUUUAAAUUAUUUAAUUAUGCUCUGACUAUCAUUUUAUACUAUUAUUGUAUAUUUUUUCCGUAAUACGACGAUCACAUUUCCCAUUUAAUAUUAUAAAUAUCAUUUAAUGUUAUAAAUCGUUGUAGCAAAGCUAAAGAGAGGAUAUAGCUUUUUUUAAAAUGUUGUCUCAUUAACUCUCUAUAUAUUCUCCUAUGUAUUUAAAUUAUUAGAUUAUAACAGAUUUCUUUUUAUUUUAAAUAUAUUUUCUGUAUAUGUUUUUUGUAAUAUUAAUUUGAAUAUCUUGUACGCAUAGACUGCGUACCUAAAUUGUUUUUAUAUAUUAGAUCAUUAUCAUUCUGCGAACUCCGUUGGAUUAAAUACAAAAAACAAACAGUAUUUUUUGAAAUUGUGUCUUCUGGAUGCUAUAUUCUACGAUAUUAUUGUCGGCAGAUAAACGCGAACGCUGCGUGAAUCGUGUCGGUAACAUUCCCCAUUGUCGUAAUAACAAAUUAUUGUUUUAUUGUCUGCUGUCAAAAAGUUGAUAGUAUAUUGUAAAAUCGGGCGAUAAACUAUAAAAAUUUAUCGUAUGUAAACACAUUAUAAACAUUUAUGGCACAGUUGGUGACAUUAUGACCUAUUUUUGCGAAAUAAAUGUCCGCAUUAG